AUGGGAAAAAUUGUUUCAAAUUGCAACUUCAACCCUAAAAUAUCGGAUUUUGGUUUGGCGAGGCUUUGCCUCAAUAGGUCCAGUAUAGUGUCAGUACUAGGGGCCAAAGGGACAAUAGGGUAUAUAGCUCCAGAAAUAGUUUAUAGAAACAUUGGAGAUGUUUCUCAUAAGUCAGAUGUCUAUAGCUAUGGUAUGAUGAUUUUGGAAAUGACUGGACAGACGAAAAACAUUGAUGUCAGAGUUGAUCAUUCAAGCGAAAAUUAUUUUCCUGAUUGGUUAUAUAAGAACCUUGAACAGAAUGUUGAGCUUGAUCUUAACAUCAUUGUGAAUGCAAAUGAACAUUUGAGAAGGAAAAUGUCAAUAGUUGGCUUAUGGUGCACACAAACUGAUCCUAGAACUAGACUAUCAAUGAGCAGGGUUGUAGAAAUGUUAGAAGGGAACAUGGAAUCUUUGCGAAUCCCACCUAAACCCUUCUUGUUUUUACAGCCAAGAGAAUCAAUACAUACUUCAACUUCUGAGUUAUCACUCGCUCUCUCUGAUGUUCAUGAAGUCGAGCAAUGA